AUGACUCGAGCACGCAAGCAGGUCACCAGGUCCUUUUCCGCCUGCUGGACUUGCCGCCGCCGGCGUGUCAAAUGCGAUGGCGUCGGUCUGCCCUGCAACCCGUGCAGAAAGUACAAGGUCGAAUGCGAAGGCUACGGCAUCGAGCUGGUCUGGGUAGAUCCCAAGACUGGCGCGUAUCCGCCAUUCUGUCGCAGGAGCAUGGAUUUCGAGCAUACAUGGCGCGGCCGGCCGACCCUCAAGGAAGGGAGCCUUCAACGCCUGAUUGACGAGAUGGACGACAUUGAUGCCGCAAGUCCAGAGCCCUCGUGUUCCUCCAGUCCAUUCAUUGUCUUUAAUGCUUAUCCAUCGGAUAUACGCACAGAAUCGGAUGUUUUUGCCGAGGAUACGUCGUCCUCUGGCGCCACGGAAUUUCUAUCUUCAUCUCCUCGUCCAGCGCGCUUUUACUACUCGCCGUUAAGCGCAGACUUCAAUUUCGUGGCGCGCUCCCUGACACCCACAAUAAUCGAUUGCUUAUCAGGGUCGAGGGAGGAGGCUAUGAUAUUCCACCACUAUGUGACGUGGAUCGCUCCUCUGAUGAUCCCAGUGGAUGGUGCUGAAAACCCAUGGAAAUCUGUCUAUCCAUCGACAGCGCUUCGAAACUCCUCCGCCGCCUCGCGCGCAUUAUACCAUGCCAUUCUUGCCCAAUCAGCAUUUAACAUGGCCAACUUGCAUAAGGACAACCGUGCGUCUUCUCAUCGCAAAGAGUCUGUUGCAAUGAAGCACUACGGCAUUUCGUUAAGAGAACUAAGUCGGAGUCUGAUCGUCACCAAGGAAGAAGAAUACGAUGCCUGCGCUGCGACUCUGUAUACGCUGAUGAUAUCCGAGGGGAACGCGCGGGGCUCAACCGCCUGGAGGAAUCACUUUGACGGUGUCGGGGGAUUCGUCACGCAAUUUGUUGAACAAAAGCCUUGGAGUCAGUCGGCGCACUCUUGGGUAAUAUCUCAGAGCCUCGCGCUCUCGUUCGAGAUCUCACAGACAGGAAACGCGAAGGUCUAUGGCUCGUCCCCAAUAACGGACAUUCUCCUGGCCGGCGUUGCAACUCGCGAAAACUUUGGGUACACAGUAGGCGCCAGCUGCAAAGUUUUACGCACCAUUUCAUCCAUCAGGCUACUUGCGGAGAAGCUGGCACUGGGCGUUGUCCCGGAUGAUCUAGGCGUCUCCAUUCAGGCAUACUUCGUCGAAUUAUCACCACAGAAUCACUCUGGCAUUGGUCUGGAUCUCGAUGUUCCGGACCGCGAGAUCUUUCUUGAAUCACUACCGGAAAGGGAGUUACUCGGCUUUCUGAAUAACCUGCACCUCCGACUUUUCCGUACCGCGGCACUAAUUUAUCUGCACCAAGCUGUUCUCAAGGUUCCUCCCCGUGGCGUUCGAGACUUGGUCAGAUCCGUGCUUGCGGACGCCAUGACCUUUAUGCACAGGCGAGGAGGGUCAAUAUCCCUAUGGCCUGUCUUUAUUGCUGCCACUGAAGCUACUGGAAAAGAAGAUCAGGUCAUCGUCGAGAAAUGGCUGGCCAUCUCAAGCCAGAUAGGGAUGCAGAAUCGUUUCAUAGCUGGGAAAGUUAUCCACCACAUAUGGCAUGAGAGAUCUCAGGAAGCUACUGCUCGUGGUUUAGAUCCCGAUCUGGUGGUAAUAGAUUGGAAGACAGUCCAGCAAAGACUAGGAGUUGACCUUUUACUUCUAUAG